AUGGACUCUAUGAGAUCCCUGAACACGUCUUUGCCGAAAUCGACUCCACGCCCACAGCCGUCCGAGCAACUGCUCCAGUCUUUCAAAGCGGCAGCCCUCUCCGUCACCAACCUAUACAAAAAUGCUGUUUGUGAACAAGCCCAGGCGAGGGCUGCUGGCUAUCAGGAAGCUAUCGAAGACCUGCUCCACUUCUUGGACCGCGAGAACCUAGGCCUUGGCGAUGGAGAGGGGUGGAAGGUCCGACAAUGGGCGACGGAGAAGUGUGACGGCACGGCAUCCCUUACGAGCGAUGAGGACGAGCGAGUGGACUCGGAGAAGCUGGAUCGAAGUGCUACACCGGUUGCCACCCGCAAGGAAACACCAGCACAGGAGCCUACAUCCCGCCCGCAACCUGCCUCCACUCCCACCACCGUGCCUCGGCCGGAGACUACCACCCCCGCACCGCAAACACAAGAUACAAAUGCAUCGCCGACGGUGUUCACAUUCACUGCGGGCCCGACUUUCCCCCAGUGCCAGGAACUUGAUAUGGAUAUGCAAUCAUCGGACGACUCUACCUCGCCAUCGCAGGAUGGCGCCCCGGUCAGCGUCUCUUUGAUGCCUCGAACCCCUCGCCAGUCCCAUCGACACAACCACAACCACAACCACAACCACAACCACAACCACUCCUGUUCCAACGUCCGACCUCCCCCUAGAGAGACCGCAGCCAGCUUGGGAUCAAAGAGGAAACUCACCUUCCCUGACUUCUUCGACCUAUCCAGCCUCCCGAACGGACGAGACAACAUGUUUGGAGGAGGGAAACGCGGCCGGUUUACCUAG